CUCCCUCCCUCCCUCGCUCCCUCCUUCCCUCCCUCCCUCUACUCCUCCAAUCUGUCCCCGUGCGUGUCCCACUAAAGCGAUUUCCGCGCAUGCAGGCAGGGACUCGUCCCCACGGCGGCGGAUGGCAACAUGGCGACAGAGUUCCACAAUCUGCAAGAGUUGAGGCACAGUGCAUCUCUGGCGAAUAAGGUCUUCAUCCAGAGGGACUACAGCGAAGGGACCACCUGCAAGUUUCAGAGCAAGUUCCCCUCUGAGCUGGAGAGCAGGAUCGAGCGGAAACUGUUCGAGGACACUGUGAAGACACUGAAUAAUUACUACGCAGAGGCAGAGAAGAUUGGAGGCCAGUCCUACCUGGAGGGAUGUCUGGCCUGCUCCACAGCAUACCUCAUCUUCCUCUGCAUGGAGACACGCUAUGAGAAGGUGUUAAAGAAGAUAGCAAAGUACAUUCAGGAGCAGAACGAGAAGAUCUUUGCUCCCAGAGGACUGCUCAUCACAGACCCCAUAGAAAGGGGAAUGCGUGUCAUAGAGAUUUCCAUCUAUGAAGACCGGGGAUCCAGUGGCUCCAGCUCGGGGAGCAGCUCCGUGUCUGGCAGCACCGCUCGAUGACCGGAUACUUCGUGUCUAACCAUGUCCACCCUGAUCACUCACAGCCCUGGAGGCGAACUAAGGACAAUGAUGCUUCUUCUGAUCCAACACUCACAUCCCAAAGCUACGCUCACACAAAGCAUUCUAUAGCUUUUAAGAUUUCCCAUGCAAAGGUGGUGAAGCUUUAAAAACACGCACUGUAGAAGUUUCUUUCGCAUGUGUCGACUCAGCUGUGGUACUGUAAUGUCUCAAUGCAAAGAAGAAAACAUUUGCUAAAUAUACUUUGUGUGAUCGUACCAUUACCUCCCUUCCUGUCCUGUUUGAAAGAAGGCAGGACAACAGGCCUCACCAAACGUCAUACCUCAGCUGCACCACACCGGACCAAACUGGACUGAAACCAACAUUAACCCUGCACACCAGACACUGGCUUAGAAAUAUUUUUAUCCGUAGCUUCCAGAUUUUAGCAAUUGUAGGUAAGACGUACAGGUAUUUGAAGACAUCACAAAGUUUCGCCCCCGAGAUUUAUUGUGCAAAAAAACCCUCCUUCACCUAUGACGUAAAUCACGCUGUGUGGUAGCAGAUGAAUGUGUCUCAGCCCGUCUAUGUAUUUUAUGUAGCAGAUCUUCCAUAUUUCUCACUUGAAGCCUAUGUUUUUGUCACACAAACAGACAAGCGCAGUACUAACUUCUUGGUUUUAAUGAGUUAGACUAUUCCUAAAUUUUGAUUAUGCAAAAACAUACUGUGCAUUAAAUGCGAUAGUAAGUAAACAAAGAGUGGGUCAAAAAGUCUUCCUGAAUUUUCAAAAUGUGUUUUAAUACCAAUCCUUCGAUUUCCAAAACAAACUUCCAAAGAUCCAAAGCUGCCAAAAAACUUGCUCACAUAUGUGAAUGUGUGUUUUAUUUUUGGUGACAUUUUGUUCAAGAACAAACUUUCGUACUGCUUGUUGUUUGAUAUGUGGCAAUGAGGUAUGUAUGACUGCGUCGAAUAAAAACUGUUUCAUCACA